AAUGAAAGUUGGUGUUGUAUGCGACUGCAUAAUAAAAUUAUUUACCUAACUAAAAUCUUAAAUUUUUUUUCUAGGGCAUUCAGAGGUACGCGUCUAUGUCUAACAACCCUAUAACGUCAUUGGUGCAAAGUGUAAAAUUUCAUUCAACCCUUUUAUUUAAGUAGAUAAUAAACUUUAUUACGAUGUGCACAAAGACGAUUUUCGUGGUUAAAAUGUCCGAGACCACAGUGGUGAAUUCCAAAAGGUCGUAAAGAGUAGGGGAACGAAUGUUUCUGGACAGCAUUAGAGGCGAAUUUGCCAUGUUAGGAUGUUAUUAUUUGAGUGUGGAUUUUCAUGUGGGCGGGGUAUCGAUCGGCGCGGCGCAAGUAAGCGCGAGUGAGCUCGCGUCAGAGCUCCAUCCCGCUACAGCCAGUAAACAAGACACUCGCUCGUAGACUGUACCCGUUGACGAGCCUUAGCGGGAUGCACUUGUUGGUGCCGUUGCUGGUCGCUGCGGCCGCAGUGUGCGCCAUCGCACGACCACCUGGGCCGUCGCAGGAGCUAGAUUCAACGCAGAGCCAGUAUGAUCUACCUCCACCGUCCAUUCGCGGCUUCUUCAAUGAGUAUUAUUUUCCGCGUUUGCUCAUGACACAGUACAUGGAUUACGAUGGCAGCCCAGUCGUGCCACACCCCAGGGACGAGUGGCUCAAUAAGGAAAUAGAUCGAAUAAAUCGAAUGGAAGAUGAAGCGGACUCGGCAGGGCCCGGGUCCUAUGAGAAGGAUCUGGCUCGGAUCUUCAAUCGUGAACCUUAUGUAGUGCGUAUGUUCGAAAGUCCAACCAACAUACAAGAUGACCCUUACUCGCGAGUUCUCAGAAGAUCAUACGCCCCGAUUCAACCAGCAAUCGGCUAUAAUGCACCGGACGUCUCACAAAGCUACAGAAACUCUCAGGAAGUAGUGAAUCCCUUUCUGAUUGGUCAAAACAUCGACCAUAGAAAGAAUUUUGCGCUAACACCUCUUGAUAAAGGCUACUUCGAUUCCUUGACAACUCAUAGAGAUAAGCCAGUAACAAAGUCAGUUGACGGCCACCACGAGGGAGGCGGGCUGAUGCACAUCGAGCUGCAAACUCCACGCCAAACCCGACAGAAUCCAAAUCUUAGUAAAACAAAACAUUUGAUCGCCGAACAUUUAGAUCAACUGAGAUCCGGCCUCCUGCACGAAGAUUCUGGGACGACGGAGAAACCUCGAUCGAUCCACAUGGUGGAAGCAGCUCCCAACGACCCUGCUGACUCGAUUUAUGGAAUUGCUGUUAUCGCUGCUGUGGGUACAGCCCUCGUGUUGACUAUAAUAGGAUUUGCAUUUGGUUGGUACACGAUGACCAAGAGAGCGAAGGCCGCAGCAGACGUGGAUUAUCCAGCUUACGGUGUGACCGGUCCUACGAUAGACAUGACCGGAGACAGGAAACUAGCACACUCCGCCCAUAUGUAUCACUACCAACACCAGAAGCAACAGAUCAUCGCUAUGGAGAGGAAUGGCAUGGAGCAACGCAACGGGUCCAUAUCUGAACCCGAGUCCGAAGAAGAAAAUGAGGAAGGCGAUUACACCGUCUACGAGUGCCCUGGAUUCGCUACCACUGGUGAUAUGGAAGUGAAGAACCCCCUGUUCUCCGAAGAGCCGACCCCAGCCACCCCUGGGAAAUGUGAGCUAGUGAAACCCCAACCCAAGGAGUAACCGCUAGGCCAGCCGCCGGCGCGCGCCCUCCAGCCAUGGCGACUGAUCCUUUUCGUCUUAUUCAUCUCCUUUCUGUUUCCGAUGAUUUAGAGCGGACAUAAACAUGCCCUUUUGACCCUUCCGAACGAGGUCCGUUAAGAAAAGAAUGAAAACGGAAGGCGCAGUCAUACUUAUACACCAAACGCACAUUGCUACCGGUGGUGUAUUAUCAAAGAAAACGGCGUGUGCGCCGUGAUCGUGGUCGCAAAACAUUGAUUUGAUUAAAUUAUUACUAAAUAACUAGUGCGUUAAUGUCGCAAAGUCAAAACGGCAUUUUUAUUGCCGCUCUCAUUCGACCGUUACACGGUAUAUGUAUAAAAUACUUACAUAUUUAGAACGGAUCAUAACUGUUCGCUUUAGAAAAGUGUAUGUAUACGUGAAGAAUAUACAACGAUUAAGUUUGCUUGUGAAUUGUAACCCUAUUUCUCAAUUUAGUGAAAAAUAUUUAUUAUCUCAGGAUUUUACUUACAACCAUCCACCAC